AUGGCUUGUUGCUUCUAUCAGAAACAAGUUUUUAUAAAAGAAAAGGAAUACAACGACUUAUGGAGAAAACAAGUAAUAUAUCAGCUGCUUACUGAUCGUUUUGCCAGGGAUGAAGAUGAUUUCGAACAUCCAUCUCAAGGAAGAAAAUACUUGGGAGGAACUUGGAGGGGUAUAAUAAAAAAGCUUGACUAUAUUCAAUCACUUGGUUGUACAGCGGUAUGGAUUAGUCCCAUCGUCAAAAAUAUCGAAAGUCAAACAGGUUAUGGAGAAGCUUACCAUGGCUAUUGGGCGCAGGACUUUACAGAAUUGAAUAAUCAUUUUGGUAGUUCUCAAGACCUUAAAGAUUUAGUCAACAGCCUUCAUAAACGUGGAAUGCUAUGUAUGAUUGAUAUCGUUGUCAACCAUAUGGGACAUGCUGGAACGCAGGCGAUUGACUACACGCAAUUCAAGCCAUUCAACCAAGCUAACGAUUUCCACCCAUGGAAGUACAUUCAGGAUUAUAAUAAUCAAGAGGAGGUCGUUAAAGGAUGGCUUGGUGAUAAUUGUGUGAACUUACCUGACAUUAAAACAGAAAAGCCCAGUGUACGCAAAUUCUUUAAAAAAUGGAUUAGUGAUUUGAUCAACACUUAUAAGUUUGACGGUAUAAGAAUAGACACUGCUAAACAUGUUGAGAAAUCCUUCUAUCCCUCAUUCAUUGAAACAGCGAAUGUCUUCACAACAGGCGAGAUUUUCCAUGGUAAUCCAAAAUACGCAGGGAUUUAUCAAAAUUAUAUGCCUUCGAUCAUAAACUUUCCUUUUUACUAUCAAUUGCGCGAAGCCUUUUCAUCGCCCAGAAAACCCAUGCUUGAGUACUAUCAAAAAGGUGUCUUGGAUAUCAGACAUAGCUUUAGAGAUACUACCAUACUAUGCAACUUUCUUGAAAACCACGAUGUGCCCAGAUUCUUUUCUCAAACGCAAGAUAAUGCUUUGGCGUUAAAUGCUCUUGCUGCCACCAUCUUUUCGGAUGGUAUACCUGUGAUAUACUAUGGCCAAGAACAGAGAUUCAGCGGUGGUAACGAUCCUGAUAAUCGAGAGGGACUUUGGGUAAGUAAGUACGACACUUCAAACUUUGUGUUUGAGUGUAUCUCACUAUUUAUUCGUCUUCGACAGCGCUUGGUUGCCAAAUAUCCAAAAUUUUGCACUCAACUCUCUCAAAUGGUAUAUGUGGACAACAGGGUCUACGCAUUUUACAGGCCAGGAAUUCUUCUUGUUCUAUGUAACGGCGGAAGAAAAAUGAGAAAAACAAUACAAAUAGACAUAUCUUCUUUCUCUUCACAUACAAAUCAAGUAUUCGUGGAUGCCUUAACCCAAUCUCGUAUACAAGCCACUGAAAAGAUAUUAAAUUUAACCGUUAAAUAUGGGCUUCCAUUGGUAUGCAUCUUCAUGUUCUCACAAAAGGUUUUCUAA